GAAGCCACACAACUAGCGAUCUAACGGCCACGAGCGCGUGCGUUCGAUCACUGGUCGUCACAGCCGCCACGGGUGCGGCAAACGGUGGAUGGUGGAGAGGAAGGCGUGCACUGCGGCGCUAUCGCUUCGAAAGGCGCACGCCGCGCCACUCCACUCGGCCACCGGGCCAUGACCAUGCUCUCGCUCCUCCCGCCUCCGCGCGCCACCGCCCCCGACGCCGGCGCCACGGUGGCUUCCCCGCGCCCGGCCGUCAUCCUCCCAUGGCGCAGGGCCUCGGGAACAACACGGGCGACUACGCGCGGCUCGCGGCGACGCUGCGGGACGACCACGGCCUCCCGGCGGCCGUCGUGGCGCGGGUCGCUAGGCCCGACUGGCUCCGCAACGCCGCCGGCCUCGUCGACGCCAACUACUGGCGGGGCACACUCCGUCCCCGCCCCGUCCUCGAUUGGUACCUGAAAAGGGUGGACGAAGCGGUGUCUCAAGCGAGGGAACUGUGCGCUCCAGACGGCAAGAUAUCACUGAUAGGGCAUUCAGCCGGGGGCUGGCUUGCGCGUGUGUACAUGGAAGAAUUUGAGGCUUCUGACAUAAGUUUACUGCUCACACUCGGCACGCCUCACUUGCCUCCUCCAAAGGGCGUACCUGGGGUAAUUGACCAGACAAGAGGACUACUGAACUACGUCGAGAAGAACUGCGCUCCAGCAGUUUAUACACCCGAACUGAGAUAUGUGUGCAUUGCUGGAAGGUACAUUCAAGGUGCUUCUCUUCUGGGGAACUCUGCAGUCUCUCCAGAUGAGAUUCUUGCAGUGGACACUGCUUCAGAUGUAGGUGAAGCUGUUACGAUCGGUACCAAUGACAAUUCUACUCCAUCAGGCGCCACAUGGAGAGCCCGAUUCAUCGGACAAGGGUACAAACAGGUUUGUGGCCGUGCGGAUGUGUGGGGCGAUGGUGUUGUACCAGAAAUGUCAGCACAUCUUGAAGGUGCACUGAAUAUAAGCUUCGACGGCGUUUACCACUCUCCUGUGGGUUCUGAUGAUGAACAGAGGCCCUGGUAUGGCUCUCCGGCAAUCCUCAAGCAGUGGAUGCGUCAUCUUCUCAGUUGAGUUGAUAUAUGCAUGGGCUAUCUACCGACGAUGAAACUGAAAUUGUGUCGAGCUGCGUCCAAGGGACCUUUUUCACGGUCUGAAAUCGGACGGUCAUGCCACGUUGCGUAGUGUUGUUGGUCAUGCCAUGUUUUGUAGUAUCGGUCAUUGGCGUAAUACAAAUAUUUUUGUACACAACGUAACUGUUUGUCAAAAUCUAAUAGAUCAUUGGAAUUUGUUACUGUACAACAACGCUAAACGUACAGAGAAUAAUUCACCUCUAUAACUUCUGCAUGUCGGUUCA